AUGUCUCUUGAUAUUUUGGAAGUGGAUGGGCUUGAUUCCGUGGAGCAGAGGGGGGCCCAGUUGGCCCUUAGAUCAUUAGGAGAAGAGGGCUAUAUUCGUUUUACAAUAAGUACAUACACCAAGCUCAAAGUGCUGAUAGGGACAGAGGUUCUGAAAAGGCUUACUGUUUGCGUCAAUGAUGUCUACCAGGAGCUAGAGUACUAUAGACCAGAGGUUAAGGAUGGAUUUAGCAGCUUUGAGAUUGUUGCGCCCUCCCACGCAACUGUGGGGAUACACUUCUGUCAGUAUAUUGGCUGA